AGUCACGUGAUAUCCGCCUCCUGCUUGCUUUGGUUGGAUCUCUCUGCUCCCCUUUCUCUCGGCGGUGGGUCGGAGCCGCUGUCCCUGCUGCUGGCCUCGCAUGUUCCCCUCUAAAUUCCUGUUUUGAAUUUGAUGCCCCUCUUGUACAUUUUGAUUAUUUCACGCCUCUGUUAGGCCACCACUCGGGCGUCUUAUACACUGGUGUUUUACCCCCACCCCACCACCCCCCUCUCCUUGUAUUCAUCGUUUGGAGACUUACACCCGAGCAUGGCCGUGGUGAGCGGAUCGUCUGGGCCGGUUGCCCGGCUCGAGGGCCGUGAAUUCGAAUACAUGAUGAAGAAGCGCUCGGUGACCAUCGGCCGGAACUCCUCUCAGGGCUCCGUGGACGUGAGCAUGGGGCACUCCAGCUUCAUCUCACGGAGGCACCUGGAGAUUUUCACCGUCAGCGACGACGGCACCGGCAGCGGGGACUUCUACCUGAGGUGUCUGGGUAAAAACGGGGUGUUUGUAGACGGAGUGUUCCUCAGACGGGGCGCCCCUCCUCUGCAGCUCCCACGAAUGUGCACAUUCAGGUUCCCGAGCACAAAUAUCAAGAUCACGUUCACGGCCCUGUCCAGCGGGAAGAAGGCGAAGCGUGAAGCUCCAGAGUCCCCAGUGAAACCAGUCCAGCCACAGAUCUCCCCGCUGACCAUCAACAUUCCAGACAACAUCGCUCACCUCAUGAGCCCGCUGCCAUCGCCCACUGGCACCAUCAGCGCUGCUAACUCAUGCCCCUCCAGCCCGCGGGGUGCCGGCUCCUCAGGCUACAGGAUGGGCGGUCGUAUGGUCAGCUCUGCAGAGCUGCAGCUCAUGAACGACAACUCUCAGCCCGAGAACGACAAAGACGCCUCUGGAGGGGACAGUCCUAAGGAUGACUCCAAACCUCCGUACUCCUAUGCACAGCUGAUUGUCCAGGCUAUAACGUUAGCCACAGACAAGCAGCUCACACUAAACGGAAUCUACAAUCACAUCACAAAGAACUAUCCCUAUUACAGGACUGCAGACAAGGGCUGGCAGAACUCGAUCCGUCACAACCUGUCUCUGAACCGUUACUUCAUCAAAGUGGCGCGGUCGCAGGAGGAGCCGGGGAAAGGCUCGUUCUGGAGGAUAGACCCGUCCACGGAGGCCAAGCUCAUCGAGCAGGCUUUCAGGAAACGAAGGCCCCGGGGUGUCCCCUGCUUUAGGACCCCACACGGACCCCUCUCUUCCAGGAGUGCCCCUGCGUCUCCCAAUCACUCGGGCGUCCUCUCUGCUCACUCCAGCGGCGUCCAGACCCCCGACAGUCUGUCUCGAGAGGGUUCCCCAGUCCCCCUGGAGAUGGACACAUCCUCCACUCCCGCGCCGGCCUCCACUCCGGCAGUCCAACCCAAACUGGCAGUCAUCCAGGAAGCACGCUUUGCACCAAACACACCAGCUUUCCUGUCUGUGUGUGCUCCAGGCUCGCCUGUCAACAACCAGCCGGUCCUAAUAGCAGUCCAGCGUCAGUUACCUCAGACCAUCAAGCCCGUGACUUACACCAUGGCGUCCCCGGUGAGCACCAGCAACUCUCAGCCGGCGGUCCAGACGGUCCACGUCCUGCAGCAGAUCCCUGCAAGCUCGCUCGGCCCGGCCACCGCCGUCAUCGCUCAGCCGGCCACCAUCGUCAAGAAGAGCGAGCUGCAUGAGAACGGAGAGCACACGGAGGUCAAAGUCAAAGUGGAGACGAUCCCCACCAUCACCUCUAUAGGCGGCUCCAGUCGUAUAAUCCAGACCGCCCCACAGUCCCUGCAGACCGUCACCAUCGUGCAGUCGGCUCCAUUAGGUCAGCACCAGCUGCCAAUCAAGGCCAUCACGCAGAACGGCACCCACAGCAUCACCACUGCCAUCCAGGGAGCCAGCGCCGCUCCAGUUGUAGCGAGCCCUCUUCACCUGCUGGCCACCCACGCCUCGGCCUCGGCCUCCCUCCCCACCAAACGACAGAUCGCGGACCAGCCAGCCAGCGAACAGCCGGACGCCAAGCGCAGCAAAUCAGAGAACGCCGAGGCGGCUCCACCUGCCACCGCCAACGCCGCAGACUCGGACUCGUCGGCAGUUAACAACCCCGGCAGCCGCCUCGAUUAGUCUGUACAAACCCCACACACCACCAAUCCCCACCCCUCCACAUCCAUCACCACUCUCUCCUAAUCCUCCCCUCUUUCACAGUUUCUCUCUCUUGUUUCUGUCGUUUGUUUUGUUCCUCCUUUCUUCUUCUUCUUCUUCUUCUUCUCCUCCUCCUCCCAUCGACUCCCGAGGUGCCAAACGGAGACGUUUCUUUUCCUUUCACUUCUGUUCGAGAGCGUCAAAAGGAAAAAAAAAAAAAAGAAAAAGAAAAAGUCCACCCCUUUAAAAGACUGGAACGUGGGUUGAUAACAAAAAAUAAAGAACUCAAAGGUGUCCCCUGUGAGCCACUGAAAACAGGAGAGUGACUCGAAAAAAAAAAACAACCAAGACCACAGGAAGCCUUAACAACUUUUAACCCUUAAAGAGCUGACCUUUGACCUCACAAUAGUGCAGCAGGGAGAGUCUGCAGCUUGGCUCAGGCUGGAACGCCGCCUUUCUGUCGCUUCUACCUCAGAGCAGAUCGGAGAUGCCGGCAUGCCAGCGGAGGACGUUCCCCCCCCUUCCCUUCCCUUCCCUUCCCUUCCCUUCCCCGCCCCGCUGGGACCUGUCGGGGACGGCUCUGGACCAACGGAGCGGGCAAGCAAGACGAAGAAUUAACGGUUAGAAGAAAAAAGAAACGUUUAAAACCAGAAAGGGAUCAAACUCGGAGCCAAUAUUCCUGAAACUCUGGCAGCUAGCCUCUCACAUACUGUCCUUCCUUUUAUUGCAGCUGUACGUAGAUAUGCAGUAUUUUGUUGUCCAAAUGUGGAGCAUAGGAUUUUUUUUUUUUUUAAUGUAUUUUCACUUAUCUAGAUAAUUUAACAAAAAGGAAGCGUACAAAACGACGAGGUCGAAGACAUUUCGGUAACUAAGUUAGACUUUUUUUUUACGUGGACUUCUUUCUGUUUUUUCCGUUCGGUGAAACAGUGUACUAGUUUUUCAUAAUAUGUUUCCUCUUUUACCCCCUCGUUCUGACAUAUCCGUAUGAAAUCUUGCUUAGUUAUACCUACAUAUUUUAAUACUUGCACAGAUAACCGAUAUAAGCAUAUGAAAUCUCCAUGUGUAGUUCCAGAUGUUGACCUUUUGCAUGUAUCCGACAACAAGAGAAACGUUGUAAAAUUGAACAGAGGGAAAAAAAAAAAACCCUGCUUUGUCCAAACCAGACCUGCACUUGAUUCAAUGU